AUGGCAGAGAUCAGACGAAAGUUGGUGGUCAUCGGAGACGGCACUUGUGGAAAGACAUGUCUGCUGAUUGUCUACACAAAUAACCAGUUUCCCCAAACCUACUUGCCCACAGUGUUUGAGACGUUUGUUAAAGACCUCGUUGUCAAUGAUCGCCAGAUUCAGCUUGGGCUGUGGGACACAGCUGGUCAAGACGACUACGACAGACUGCGCCCGUUGUCUUAUUACGAUACGGAUAUCCUGCUCAUUUGUUUCAGCAUCAGUGAUCCUGACAGCUUCAACAAUGUCACGGACAAAUGGUACCCAGAGGCUAAGCAUUACUGCCCAGGCGUACCGAUCAUACUUGUGGGCAACAAGAAAGACUUAAGGAAUGAUCCAGAAACACUGGCUGAGCUUACACGGAAGAGACAGUCCCCUGUGACAACAGAAGAUGGAAAAGCAUUGGCUGCAAGGAUAGGCGCUGUUGCUUACAUGGAAUGUUCUGCUAAAAAUAACGAAGGAGUCAGGGAAAUAUUUGAGAAGGCAGCCAGUCAUCCCAUCAAAUAUUACAAGAAUUACAAAGGAAGAUUUUGCAGAAUUUUUUAA